AAAUUAUUAUGUGUCCAGGAGAUGGCAAUAUUAACACAAUAUUGACAAGCUUCCAUACAAGCUUAUUUUUUGCAAAAUGAACAAAACUCUAUUGGACUACUGUAUCAGGACGUUGACUUUUAAUGGUUGUUUGUUUGUAAGUUCUUCGACAUAUCGUUAUUUUUCUGUCAGAAGCGAUUGUUUUCUAUCUCGCGUGCGCCGUUGUCAUGGUGACCAGACGCCCGAAUACUUGCCUGUGAGCUUCUCAAUAUGUCUGCAAAAAAGAAAGGAGGAAAGAACCGCAAGGCUGAGAGGGAGAGAUUGCAGAGAGAGGCAGAUGAACAAAGAUUGAGAGAAGAAGAAGAAGCUCGUCUCAUUGCUGAACGUGAGGAGAAUGAAAGGCUGGAGAGGGAGCGAAUAGAACAAGAGAAACAACAGCUACUUGAGUUAAAGGACAGAGAGCGCAGAGAGGACGAGCUGAAUGAACUGCGGCACAUUCUAGAUGAGAACCACUCUGCAGUCACCGUGUGGGAAUCAGAAUGCAGGGACAAAUCUAAGUGGGAGCGUUACAUGCGUUGCGACGGCAGUCCGGAUCCAGCUGUGCAGCCGGAAAUCAACACAUUCAUCAGUUUGUGGAGAGAAGACUCUGAAACCCAAAUCUCAAAAGUCUUGGAAAACUGUGCUCUGGCUCUUCAGUUGAUAGACGAACUAGACCUCCUCUUGAGUGAAGGUCCUGAGCCAUAUACUGCUCAACAGUAUCGAGAAACAGUCCUUUGUCUACAGGAUCUCAACCUCUACAAACUCAACCAGGCCACUGAGGAGCUUCUUAAGUUUGCCAAUUCUAGUUGUGACAUUGAGACUGGGAACAUGCAGACUGUAGUCCAGAACGACAACAUUUCUCUUUGUCUAUGGGCCAACCUCAACAAAAAUCCAAGGUUUAAAGGUUACCGGUUCGAGGAGGUGGGUCUGGGCUUCGAGCUGCCGAAGCCGCUGGCUGUGAGUGACAUCGCUGUUCGGAUCCUUCACACACGCUAUGACCACUUGUCCCACCACAGCGAGCGUGAACAGGUCCAGAGAAGGAGAUCCAUGAUGGAGGGCUUUCUCACUUUGCCAUCUGAGAAUACUGCAGUGGUGGAAGAUGGGAAGAUAGAGGGAGAGGAGGAUGAAGGAGAAAGCUCAAAGCAGGUGGAGGAAGAAAGCCAUUCAGUCGGAUCAGAGAGCAGGAAGAGGAGUGCUGUGAGUGUGGUCUCAACUAAGGAGGGGAGGAAGAGCUCUUCAAUCAAGCUGUUAGAGGAAGGAGAAAGUCAGAUGGAGGGAAUCGCUAAAAGUUUAGAAGCUGAUCAAAAUUGCUCCGACCCAUCAACAGCUGAACUGGAGUUUGACAGUGCUGACAUACACAUAGUGGAUCUGCAACAGUUCACACCUUUAGGCGGAGUCUUCUACUUUGAUGUCUUCCAUCUACCACCCCAGUCUUAUAUAGUGAGGGGCUGGGAAAUGAGAGAGUUGUUAGAGACCGGUCUGCAGGUGUCCCCCUAUCCCACAGAGCAGUCACGCGUUCAGAGCUCUACCUCAGUGAAGCUGGAUGAACACAGUAGCACUGUUGUCUCAUUGCCUGUAGGGGUCACUGUAGCUCUGCCUGACUCAAUAAUCUUUCUGGAGAGUCCACAAGUGGCACGCUGGAAUCCCCUCUGCCAACACUGGCGGACGGACUGCAUCUCUGAGACAAAUUAUGACGCAGAGGCCCGCAGCAUCUCCUUUCAGAUGAAUGCAUUCCAUGCCUUUACAUUACUGCAAGAGUCUUAUGCUAAUAUGCCUUUCCAGUCAUGGGAGCUGAGGCCCCUGGGCCAAGACUCAGCAUUGUUCACAAUCACUGGAGCUCUUACUGAAGUCAGCAUCACAGUCAAGGGUAAGCAAUGUAUGCUGCAAAUGGAGGAGAAAAAAUACCUGGAUAAGCUUCUAGGAAAGUGGAUGAGCCCCUCAGAACUGCAGAAGGCCAUGAGGAGAGCUGGGAUCAAUAUAUUUGUGAAUGAGUAUUCCGACAAGUACGUCAGCAUCAACUCAAAGGAUCCAUUAAUAGAGCACACAGUUUACGAACAGAUGGCCCUAAUGUCCUCUGCCGUGGCUUUUUCCUGGAGCCGCUGGAACACACAAUGCGGACAAGAGCACCUUGUUCUUCAGGCGUGUGAGCAGCUGGAAGCGGUGCCAGUGACUGAGGAGAUGUGGUCUCUUUACUUGCUGGGUGCUCAGAGGAAUCAGCAUCUUAAGAUGAAGGAGGAUGACAACAGCUUCUCUGCUGAACUGAGCGAGGGCAGCGAGUUCCACUCCACCUUUCUGCACAUGCUCAGACAGGACAUGAGCAUCGAGGGACAAGCUAGAGUCAGUCAGUCUCACUAUCUCUACGUAGACACCAUACAGAGGCUCCUGUGUGCAACACGUGUCCUCACAUAUUCCUGAGAUUAGAAAAAAUACACAUCCAGAAACAGGCAACAUGCAUACACACUAAUAUCUAAAACAUUUAACAGCCAUUUUGAACUUGUGAUAGUCAUUGCAAUAUGCUGUGGAUAUGAAAUUACACUCAGUAUACUUCUCUUUAUAACCAGCAAGUGGAGCCAAAUGAUCUUGAAUGAAUUUUUUUGAUACCAGCAAUAUGAAAUAUGUAAAAGAAAUAAAUAUUUCAGCGCAGUUUAUAGUGCCAGAAUAUAAACUGUGUGAAUCUCAUAAAACCGGACCUGUAAAAAUAUAGUUCAUUUUAAUCAAAUUGAAUUUUAAUAAAGAAAUUGCAAAUACAUGAGAAAUUCAAUUCUGAAGGGGCAUUAAGAUAUUGUUAGCAGUGUGAAAAUAUAAACUUACACGGUUUACAAUCACAAUACAAAACCAUCCUAAAAACAAGCUUCAUAAAUAUAAAUUAUAUUUAAAAUAUAUAUAUUAUAUCAGAUACAACAUCUAUUGAUUUUGGGGCUAAAACAUGAAUCAGACAUGUUUUGGUGAGAUUCUCCAAAAUGAGAUUUAUAGAUUAUUAUAUUAAUGUUGUAGCAUGUACUAUUUGCCAUUGAUUUGUAUUUUAUAUUGCAUUGGAUGAACGAUUCAAAUUCUGAAGCGUCAUGAUCUAUUUAGCUUGUUUUCCUAUAAAUAAUAAAUAGUGAGAUCAUUUGGA